CAGAGCCUGGAUUCGAACCAGGAUCUCUAGUGGCACAGCUAGCACAUUGGAAAGCCUACUUCAGACAUGUUUAAAAGGACAGAACAACAACGAUAUUGCAUAUAUAUUUCCUUCCUUUAAAUAGUUACACACACAUGCAGAGAGUGAGAGAGAGAGAAAGUGAGAUAGAGAGAUAAGAUGCUGCACAGCCCAACAAAUAUCUUAUGAAGAUUUUAAGUGGAUGACAAAUAACAUGAGUUUUGACCUGAGUUUGGCCCCAGGCAUCAACAGCAACAUAAUGCAUUUUUCAAUGUGCCCACUAUAUUUUGCUUUGGAAAUACAUGUGGAAACAAAUCUCAGAGAGAAUGAGAUCAGCAGCCUAAGUCAUUAGCUGAAUGUAUAACUGCAGCCUGCAGGCUACUCCUAUUGAAACCGUAAUGUCAUUAAAAAUAUAUAUUUUAAAGACUUGACAUUUCAAAACCUAUUUACCAGAAAAUAUUAGUCACAGUACAAAGCUUGCUUUUCUACAUUCCCUUACUUCUGGAAACCUUUACUACAGUAUUUGCUUUGGGCUGGACUGUCGUCACUGGAUGUGAUCUGAGAGCGGUGACCGAGGAACCAUAUAAGGUGCAACCGGAAACAGAAGAAAACAUCAAAUUCCACGUCAAUUUCACUUCGGAACCUCUACAUGAGGCUACCUUUCACCAUCGUUGACUGAACAGUGUUGUCUUAUUUGUUGUCCACGCUUAAAAGGGUCGCGUUAUAUUUAUCUAGAGAACGAGUCGUGCACCAUCGAAGUGGUGUGUUGCCUCUUGACAGUUGUAAUGUUAGUCGGUGCCAGACAGUGCUGCUAACGCUUGCACACUAGCUAGUCACCAUCAGAUACUCUCUUGCUGGCAGUAUCCGUGGAGGAAUCAGUAUGGAUGCGCCUUUGGUGUUCCUACUGCUGCUGGUCCCACUCCUGCUAUGGACCAGCAGCACUUUUGUUUUUUAUUUCAAAAAGUCUUUCUACGUGGCCUAUAUGAUGGUUUUGGCUGCGAUUGCGAUUCCCCUUACUAUCCUGAAAAGCGGCGGCAGGGACAUCGAAAACAUGAGGGUGAUCCGCGCUCUGGUUCGUCACGUGAAGUACUUCCUGGGUCUGAGGUUUGACGUGAGCGGCUUGGAACACCUGCAGACAGAGGGACCCUACGUCAUCAUCUCCAACCACCAGAGCUCCCUGGACGUACUGGGUCUAAUGGAGGUCCUCCCAGAUCGCUGCACCAUGGUUGCCAAGAAGGAGCUGGUGUACGCAGGCACUGUGGGCAUCGUGUGCUGGCUGGGCGGUAUUGUCUUCAUCAACCGCCAGAAGACAAGCGACGCCAAGAGUGUCAUGGCCGACGCUGCCAAGACCAUGCUGGACGACCAGAUCCGUCUGUGGGUGUUCCCAGAGGGUACGCGGAACCAGAGGGGUGACCUGCUGCCCUUCAAGAAGGGAGCCUUCCACCUGGCAGUGCAAGCGCAAGCUCCUAUCAUUCCCAUCGUGUUCUCCUCCUACAGUAACUUCUACCUACGGAAAGAAAAGCAGUUCAACUCGGGGACCAUCACACUGAAGAUCCUUCCAAAGAUCGAGACGAAGGGCAUGACGUCAGACGACGUGGCCGACCUCUCCGACAAGUCCUACGACCUCAUGCGCUCUGUCUUCCUGGACAUCUCUGGCUCUGCCCCCGUAACCCAGAGCAACGGGCCCUCCUCGCACCACUAAACAUGAACAACCCUCCUCCUCGUUCUCCUGUCCGAGAUACCAAACUCUUUCCCCCUCUUCUCUCCCCUCCGCAUCGUCCUAGCUCCCUACCUACCUACUUACAAAUGAAGUCAAAUAUAUUGGCACCCUCGCACUUUACAGUGGAGCAGAAUGUUCUGUCUUCCCUUUUUUACCCUGUAGGCGCAUUCUUUUACUUUGAAGUGAAUAAUCUCAAUUUCAGUAAUACAAUAAAAAAGUGUAUUGGGCCUGUGCAGUUGUAAAUCAAACAAAUACAUGUGUGAACACCAAAUGUUUUUAAAUGUCAACUUAUCUUAAAAUAAAUCGUGAAUCGCGCAAGGGUGCCAAUAUAUUUGAGUGUAUCUCUACCAGGACAGAACGCACACCGGGUCUCUGUCAUGAUCUCUUCUCUGUUUUCUGUUGUUUUGGCCUGGUCUAGUUUUGGUUGUGGUUGGUUCCUGGUCCGACCCAGCCCAGUACAGUCCAGCCCUGACCUCUCACUGCAGCAGCUCUGUUUGCUCUGCAGGUUAGAAUAGAACGGUAUGGAUGUGAUGUGAGUUCAUCAUGCAUUCCUUUAGGAUAGCUCUGUUGUCCACCUUUUUGUUGUUUUGUUGAUCUGUUUUUAAGAGGCUUUAUGGUUGUCUUUUUUCCCCCUCCCUCCCUCCCUCCCUCCGGCUUGACUUUUGAUUGUCAUAAAUGUCACCAGUGGAUACUUAUACCUUUUUUCUUAAUGCGCUCUUAAAGACACGCACAACACACAACCACCCUGCUUAAAACACACAACCAUCCCCCGCCCAGCACCACAUCCCACCCAACCCCAGUAUAUCCUCCCCUGUUCUGCAUUCCAGCCUCUUGCCUCUGUGAAGGAGAGGGGGAACAGAGGGUCUGGACCAGGGGGUCUGUAGAACCAGGGUCUGGACCAGGGGGUCUGUAGAACCAGGGUCUGUAGAACCAGGGUCUGAAGGGGAGGUGGAGGGCAACAGAGACAUGAGGAGAGGUCAACAGUAGUUGACUAGGGACUUGUUCCUUAUCUGUGUCUCAGUGGAAUCCACUCUAUAUCGUUACAUACAUACAUACAUACAUACAUACAUACAUACAUACAUACAUACAUACAUACA